CUUGGACGAGCCAUACGUACACUCCACAACGAUAACAGUUAUCAUACCGCAGGGGGCCUGAUACAACCAUCCCAAAUCCAAUAUGGUUUAUACUGGCAAAUCAACCUCUUGUCACACUUGUCGUAUCAGACGAGUCAAGUGUGAUGAGAUGCGGCCACAUUGCCUGAAAUGUCGACGUUCGGGCCGAGAAUGCAAUGGUUACCGCGAUGACUCCGGCAUUAUUAUUCAGGACAUGACUUCGGCUACUAUCAACAAGUGGGAGACCCUAAAAGAUGCUAGCUAUGCGUCAAAAAGCGAGGAUCCGAGUCACAAUCAGGCCCAUACGUCCAAUCGCGGCCGGCACCGAGCCCACUCCGAAGGCCGUGAGAAUCGCGAUGACCCAAACAUAAGCGACAAAGAUACAAAGAAUGUAACUAGGUGGCCGUCAACGCUGCCAACAGCGCAUGUCCUCUUACCGCCGGUAGAGGAUCAAGCAUUACAUUACCUACUCAGCCGAUAUGCCCAAGCACCAUCUCAACUACUGGAUCCUGGUUAUAUACCUGUCCUGAAACUCCUCAAACGGAGGAAGAACAUGAGCCAUUGCCUUGCCACUUCUCUUUCUGCAACAUCUCUGGCAGUGUACUCCACUAGGAAGAACUCAAGAAUGGCCAUUCUGCGCGCAAGGGCUGCGUACUCCAAGGCUCUCAAGUUGAUAAAUAAUGCAGUUCAGGUGCCGGGCUCUUGUCAUGACGAUGAGCUACUUGCUUCUAUUGUUGUGUUGGUACUCUUUGAGAUCAUCUGCUCAGAUAAUUUUGAUGGCUUCUCAAGCCACGCAUAUGGCGCAGCCGCUAUGAUUGGCGCACGAGGAAAAAGACCAUUUCGAGAUAAACUUGGACAAGCGCUAUUUGGGGUAGUUUGUAACAAUGCGGUCAUCCUCAAACUCAUGGGACUGUCCACACCACACGCCGGCACUGAAGCAUGGCUGCAGUGGUUGAACGAUCCCCGAUAUCUGCUAUACAUUGCACCAGAUCCAUCCAAAGAUGAAGACAACGACCAGUCAGAGACUGUACCAACACAGGACACCAUCGAUAUGGACGAAGCGACAAACACGCGCGGGGAUGCUGCAAUCAACACAGCCGUAACUGGGCGAACGGGCACCUUUGUCAUACCCCAUCUACCCUCACGUCCCAUUGGUUUGAAUGGGUCGACCAGCAAAUUAGCUACCGCAGGUGGCAACCCAGACCUGGUCAAGAUAUUUCAAGAGACCAAGGCCGUGAUCCAAGCUGGCUCCCGAUACCAUCUCGCUGAAGCUUCAGAACACAUUGAAUCUACAAAACUCCUAUCCGACUGCAGCCUACACAAGCCUUGCGGACAUCUUCUACCGGCUGGCAAAGUCCAUUUAUACAAAAGCCUUGCAGCUGCGAAUCUCCACGUGGCCGGAUGUGUAGCUAGGGUAUUUACUUGCAACGCGAUGGCAAGGUGCGCCGCCAACCUCCAUAUCCAAGAUUCGGACGAGUACAAGGAGGCAAUCCUGAUUGGUAGGAGGGAGGUGAGUGAUUUGAUCGGAAGUAUCCCAUACUUCUGUGGUCUGGUUGGUCACGCAUCCAUAAGUAAGGGAGGCAAGGCAGCAAAUACACACUCCUUGUCUUCUAUUACAGAUGCUCCGGCUGCAUUGGACCAUUCAGAGGAUCAUGUAAGUACUGCUUCUGUCCACUCUUCACAGCACUCAAAAGAGCCUAUUGUUGCGGCAAGCUUUCAAGCUUGCUCCAUUUUGUUCCCCAUGGGUGCGGCUGCUACCAGUGAGUUCAUCACUGAAGAGGAGUUUGGGUAUAUUUGUUGCAUGUUUACAUGUGUCGCCAACAACUUCGGUCUACGGAUAGCUGAAGGGCUUCGGAAGUUUUCGUUGGAUCAACGAAAGUCAUCCGGGAUGCACUUUUGGAAGUAGCAGAGGAUUCAAUGCAGCCAAGUCGUCGUUUGAGCCAGCGUGUGAACAUAACUGCCAUCUACCGUGUUCGUUAACGGAGCAGAAGCGUUAUUAUGCGACUACACAACAGAAGAGGAACCCACGUCACGUUGUAGUU